UCAAAUUUUGAUAAACAAAAGCUUGUGACUUUGAAGACACAGUGAGUGAGAUAAAACCCAUCAUUUUUUUCUUGCUUUCUUCCAUGGAGGACUACAACUACAACAGAUCAAGGUCUUAUGGAAAUGGGAACAUGAUGCAGAUGGAGAGCUACUAUGGAGGAGCACCAAGGCCUUGUGAUCUAAGGUCCUAUAGUGUUUCCUAUGCACAUACUCAAAAGGGUCCUAACAAGGACUUGAAGUUGAAGAAAGGAAAAAGCAUCUCAAGGUCUUCAAUUUCCAAGUCUUGGAGCUUUGCUGAUCCUGAGUUUCAAAGGAAGAAGAGGGUUGCUAGCUAUAAGAUGUAUUCUGUUGAAGGAAAGGUCAAAGGUUCAUUGAGGAAGAGCUUUAGGUGGCUUAAGGAUAGGUACUGGCAAGUGGUUUAUGGCUGGUGGUGA